AUGGACACAGAUUCUCUUUUCCAGGUUGAUCAUGCAAGAAAGAUAGCAGCUAUCCCUACUGAAUAUGACACAUUCGAGAAAAGGAACCAGUUCAUGGCAAACACUGCUUCUCAAUGGCGUUCUUUACCUCAGUUAGAGCAAUCCUUGGAUAAAGCAUGGAGAAACGAACUCUAUGUUGUGUACAACCCAACUACCAAACCUUAUAUGCUACUUGAAAGAGCAUUUUCCGUGUUAAUAGGAGUUGUAACGUAUGGAGUUCAUAUGAAUGGAUACGUUGCUCCGUGUAACACGAGUUCUAAAGAAUUAAAGCUUUGGAUUCCUCGUCGUUCGGCAACGAAACAAACAUUUCCUAACAAAUUGGAUAACACGGUAGCCGGUGGACUUGGGCAUCCUUAUGGGGUAUGGGAAACGUUAGUGAAGGAGUCAUUAGAAGAAGCAGGACUCGAGAAGCAGUUUGUUGAACAAGGUGCAAAAGCUGCUGGAGUAGUGCUGUAUAUGAUUCAACCAGAAGGAACACACAAUCAACCAGAAGUUGAGUAUAUUUACGAUUUGGAGUUCCCUGAUGAAACUUCGAUUCUCCCUUUUCCUGUUGAUGGAGAAGCUCAAGACUUUCAGUUAAUGGGAUUUCUGGAAGUAUUACAGAGAAUUAAAGCACAUGAAUUUAAACCAAACUGCGCACUUGUGAUAAUAGAUUUCUUAAUUAGGUGGGGCUACAUAACACCUGAAAAUGAACCAAAUUACUUGGAAAUCGUUCACAAAAGCCAUAGAAAGAUCCCAUUCCCAACCCGAUGA